UUUUUUUUUUUCUUCUUUCUUUUCUUUUUAUAAAUAAAAUAAAGAUGAGUAAUCCAAAAUUAACUGCAGUACAAACACGUAUGUUCCAAGCUAAAGCCAAAUUGAAAUUAAGCUUUGAACAAAUUGGUAAAGAAUUAGGAUGUGAUGAAAUAUAUGCAGCUGCUAUCUUUUAUGGACAGGCCAAACCUUCUGAUGCAGAAUUAAUCAAAUUAUCACAAAUAUUGAAUGUACCUACACAGCAUUUAUUGGAAGAAAUGGGAGCGCAUUAUUUCCCAUCAAGAGGAGGUUUAAUGUCAAUUCCACCUCAAGACCCUACAAUUUAUCGAUUCUUUGAAAUUUUACAAGUUUAUGGGUAUCCUUUGAAAGCAGUUAUUCACGAAAAGUUUGGUGAUGGUAUUAUGUCAGCUAUUGACUUUAAAGCACAUGUGGAUAAGGUCGAGGAUCCAAAUGGAGAUCGAGUUAAGAUUACCUUGGAUGGUAAGUUUUUACCUUUCAAGAAAGGAUGGUAAUUACGUAUAUGAAAUCUAUUAUGUCCAUUCAUCUAUAAAUGCAUAUAUAUA